GACUUUUCGGCGAGGUACCAACCAGAGCACCGACCCAGCACACGCGUGGCAGCAGCAGCAGCAGCUUCAGCAGCAGUGAAAGUCCCAAUAAGGGACAGACAGGGUCCAACGUCCCCUGUCCUACACACUCUCAGCUUCGGGAUAAAACGAAGGAACCAGCCGACCAGAGCUCCGCCGCUUUGUAGUCCCUUUUCUGCGUCAGGUAUCAAAGAAGUGCAUUUACCGGGAAGUUUGACUCUCUCAGCAGCACUUACUGGAGCAUUCAGAGCCGGUGCGAGGGCAGCAUACUACAUGUAAACUUUACCGCUUUCAGCAGCCUAGUUUUGGUGUAUUUCAGCAGCUCCAAACCUGUAUUUGUUUCCUAAAAGACGCUCAUCACGUAUAAAUGUCCGUGGCAGCUUCCCUGCGUGGCCGCUCAGGGACUCGCUGAAAACCAACUUUCUAAAAACAAUAGUAACCUUAUCUUUGUGACUAUAAGUGAAUAAAGGGAAGAGGAAAAAAAGAAGAAGCAGGAGGAGAAGUGGAUGUAUUUUCAGCCAUGGAUGUAACAGUUUACCCGCCACCUCCUCAGCCUCUGUCCGCCACUGAUCACUCCAGGCUGGGGCAGCUCUCCUACCCCGACCCGGCCUUUGGGACCAACAAGCUGGAUGGGGACACCAUGUUCCUGGGUAUGCCAGAAUCAGGCCUUGACUUUCCCUCAACCAAUCAGUUUCGUGUGCCACAGCCCCCUCACCCCCUGACCAAGGUGACGCCUCCUAACCCGCCCUCACAGCACUGGAGAAGGGAUGCUCACAUGGCCGACACACACCGUCUUCCCUGGUCCUACUCCGUGGGCAAUUUGGGUGACGACGACUUCAACAUCCCGCCCAUCACUCCUCCCACUCUGCCAGACCACAUGCUGCCCCCACAUCUCCCCCAUGAUGCCCCCUCUGGGCCCUACCAUCCUCUGGACCCCCCGUCCAGCUCAGCUCCACACCACCCCUACCAGCUGCAGGGUAUGGACCUGCCUGGCAUGCCCGGAGGUCAGGACGGUGCAGCGAUGUUGAGCCAAGACGGUGGUACAUUCAGCCCAGAUGGCGGCCCAAUGACCAGUACCCUAUCAGUGAUGCAGCAGAUGGUGAACUCUGAUUCCCGGUUUACCAGCAGUCAGCAGCCAAUCGAAGCAGCGCUCGGACCCAGGAGCCAAUCGGGCAUGAGCCAACAGAGUCAGCUGUCCACUAUCAACCAAUCCCAACUGGGCCUAAGCAGGAAUUCCAUUACCCAUAAUUCUCCCUCACCUCCUGGAAGUAAAUCUACUACACCGUCUCCUUCCAGCUCGGCACAUGAGGACGACAAUGAAGAUGCACUCAGGGUUAGUGGAGCAGAGAAGCGGCCAGCAGCGGUGGACAUCACUAAGAAAUCCAAGACACCAAAGAAGAAGAAGAGAAAGGACCCCAAUGAGCCGGUGAAGCCAGUGUCUGCCUACGCCUUGUUCUUCAGGGACACCCAAGCAAACAUCAAAGCCCAGAACCCCAAUGCCACAUUCGGGGAGGUGUCAAAGAUCGUGGCCUCCAUGUGGGAUGGACUGGGAGAGGAACAGAAGCAGGUGUACAAGAAGAAAACAGAGACGGCCAAGAAGGAGUAUCUGAAACAACUGGCGGCCUACAGGGCCAGUCUGGUCUCACAGAGUUACAAUGACCCAUCUGAGAUGAAGCCCCCCCACUCUUCUUCAACAUCUUCCUCCUCUACCUCAAUGUUUACACCCAAACCUUCAGUCUACCCUGUCCACCCGAGCCAGCACCCCUCCUCCAGCUCCCUCAGCCACCCUCACUCCCUCCCUCCCCCGCAGCACCCUGGUAUGUACAUGGCAUACCCUCACUCGUCUCACCCUUCCCACGCCUCGAGCCCCGGCCUCGGCGCCCACCUCCCCCCAACCCACGCUCAGAUGCACCCCCAGCUCCAGGCUCUGUCCUCCAGAGGGACAGUCCCCCGGCCCAGCGUCCCCCACCAGGGAGCUCUGUCCCUGGGUAGUGUGGCAGCGGCGUCCACCCCUCCACUCCAGGUCAGCCCUCCUCUCCACAGCCAGGCACACCUGGGGGGGCUCCACAGUCCACACCAUCAGCACCAGCAGCUCAGUGGACACUCACUGGGAAUGACCCACUCACCUGCCAUCACACAGGGCUACCCUCCCACCCUCCAGUCUGACUACCAGCCAAUAGGAGGAGGGAUGCUUAAUAGUGGGCCGGUGAUGUCAUCAUCAGUGGACUACCACCAGCUGGGUCGACACACACCCAACCACCACCCCUCCCUGGACUGGAACACCGAUUACCAUGGCAACGGGGGUCUUCAGAGGGACAAACCUCUGUUCCUGAGCUAAUCUCACAACAACAUGACACCAAACUUCAGCCAAGCUCGUCUACUGCCACGCCUUGGAAACCUCCAGCCUCACCUCGACAUAACCCCAGGCCAGCCCGCCGACCUUUAACCUCUGGACACACAAAUCUGAACAGGACAUCAGAUCAGCACUGUUGAAUAAACCCAACAUCAGUGCACAUAAUUAAAUUCUGUGUCAUCAGCUGCGAGUAAAUGUAAGCAGUAGUGUCCGUUUCUGUCUAAGUGUUACCAUCAUGGCGCUGUUCGACACCAGAGGAGUAGUUUCCUCCAGCGCCUGCAUGUGGACGUGUUGGACUGGUCUUUUUAUCUGCUGUAUUGUUCCUACUGCAUUAGACACACUAUGAUUUUAAUGGAACAUGUUAAUACCAAUGACGAGAUGCUAAAAUAAGUGUAAAUACUCCGACCUCCCUCAGAAAGAAACCUUUUUUUUUCCCACUUCCUCUCUGCCCUGAAAGUCCUGUUCGUGUAAAGAUGGUGUUUACCAUCAGCUCCAAAAGGCUCUGAAGAGCAAGUGUAAAAUGUUGUAACAUAAUUGUUUGAGCUGUUCAUUUAAAGCCAAUUGAUUAUUAAUUUUUGACCUUGUUGUUGCUGUCGUAUCUUACAGCGCUUAUACAGAGUUUAAAAAAAUGUGUUUUCCCGCUUGAUUCUUUAAUUAUAUGAAUAUAAGUCUUCAAUAUUCUGCCCGUUCUUCUGUGGAGGCAGGGAAUGCAUCCUCAUUCAGAACAGAGACGGUGCCAAACGACGAGAUAAUGACUGAAUUCACAAUGCUUUAUUCAGCUUAAGACAAAUACGAGAAAGAGGUUGAACAGCCCCUGAAGCUGUUUGUUGCCUUUUAACCAGGCGCUGACUGUGAAUAAUUGUGGACAAUUAAAGAACUUUCAUUGUUCUCUAACAGUGAAGCUCAGAUCUGCGAGGUAGAAAUCCAAUGUAUUUUAGUCCUUGAAAUAAUAAAAUGUCAAACUAUUCUUUGUUGGGGAAAAAAAAAGAAAUAGCGCUUUGUACGAUGACGGCUCCUCCUCCUGGCAUAUGUCUGUUGAUAAUAUUGAUUUGGAUCCAAACUGUGCGUGAGUGUGCGAGUGUGUGAAGUGUUAAUGAGAAAGCAGAGCGGGUGAUUGGGGUUGCAUGGUCCUCUUGUCAUCUCUCUUCUCUGUGCACAGAGACUAUUUAAGAAACUAUAACUGUUGCUGGGGUUUGGCUGUGUUUUAAUGUUUUUUUAAUCAAGUUUUGUUUUAGUGUUAAUGAUGAUGAGAGACGUCUCUUCUCUCGCUCUGUAUCUCUUUGUAUUAAUGUGUUUUUUGGCAGAUGAAAGGACUCUGGGUAACAACAACCAUGAAGAUUUUCUUAUUUUUAGAUUCUAAUAAUGUGUUUGAGAAUAAAGUCAGUGCUGCAUUGAUGUGCAGUCAUUACUCCACAA